AACAAAGCCCUUGAACUCUUCGUAUCUUCUUCUUCUUCUUCUUCUUCUUCCUCCGAUUGUCCUCUCUUCUAUGGUUUUCUGUAAUUUCUAGGCCCGUUGCUCCUGAUUUCACAGAUUCCUUCCUUCACUAAUAUCGCCGAUUUUCUUCCUCCUUGUUUUAGGAAUCUGCUUUCCACCAUUUCUGAUUCCGUUCCUCUGAAGCUGCUGAUAUUUGGGGGAAAUUAAGAUGGCGAAUGAGUUUGGGGAAUCAACAAGUGUGCCACAUCAAAACCCUUCUUGGUCCAGUAAUAGUGACAACACUAACAAUGAUACUGGCGAUUUUGAAUGCAAUAUCUGCUUCGAGUUAGCUCAAGACCCAAUUAUCACUCUUUGCGGCCAUCUCUUUUGCUGGCCCUGUCUGUAUAGAUGGCUGCAUCAUCACUCGCAAUGUCAAGAAUGUCCUGUUUGUAAGGCUCUUGUUCAGGAGGAGAAGUUGGUUCCUCUUUAUGGUAGGGGUAAAGCACCAUCUGACCCAAGAUUAAAUAGAUAUCCUGGUAUUGAUAUUCCAAAUCGCCCUGCCGGGCAGAGGCCUCAAACAGCACCACCCCCUGCAGCUAAUGAUUUUGCAAACUACGGGUUUGGAUUCACUGGUGGGUUUAUGCCAAUGGCGGCAGCAAGAAUUGGGAACUUCACUUUAGCUACUGCUUUUGGUGGUCUGAUCCCAUCUUUAUUCAACAUCCAGUUUCAUGGAUUUCCUGAUGCUACAGUGUAUGGAACCACCUCUGGUUACCCCUAUGCAUUCAACACAUUCCAUGGGGGUCAUGGUCACCAUUUUCCACAGCCACCAAGUCGAGGUCAGCAUGCUGAUAACGUACUGAAAAAUCUCUUCUUACUCGUCGGCGUCUUCGUAAUUCUUGCCUUGCUUUGGUGGUGAAAAUAGCACAAGUGUAGAGAUUUCAUUUACUGCUUAUGAAGUGAAGUAGUUUAGCUAAUACUGCGAUUUUAUAUAUAUAUGAAUGCUUGAUAGUAGUACACUUACUGUGAGGUUUCCAUUGAUUCAUGUUGUUCACAUCCCAAAGGACUUCUGGAUGUUUCUUUCUCUUGCACAGACCAGCCCAUGUUCACUUCUUUACCCCACCAACAGAAAUAAAGAUCAGCUCUAAUUUGUUUAAGCUAA